UCCGCUUUCAGCUGACAGCACCUCACCUCAAACCCUUCACCUUCAAGUUGCCAACUUCCAACCCUGAGACUUACAUACCAAGUACCUCAGCUCGAGCCUUGAAUAGGUAACCAGCCUGUGUUGCCAGUCAUCCGACAACACGGAUUUGAUUUUCGCUUCAUACGAUCCAGCCAAAGCUGUGUUGGCAUUAUCAACCAGCUGUUGUUUGCUCCAUCUUCGGAUUGAGUAAAGGCGGCCACACUCAAGAGGUUCUCCUGCCCCACCAGUACUCGCAAGGUACUUACAACAAAGGGAGGAAGGCUCUCGGCGUACAAAAAUAAAAGCAAGACAGAAGGGGAAGUACGAACCAACCAAAGUGCCCAUUAUAAGUCGCGACGAGGGACGGCGGCACGGCACGAAAGCAGUGCGAUUCACUUUCCCAUUCACUCUACGUUCCCUACACAGAGCUGCCCAGUCAGCCUUCGAAGGGUUUUUUCUUUUGUGUGUUUUAUUCGAACGAACGCAACCACACAAUCACAAUCAGCCAAAAUCAUGUCGGGCAUUGGCGCCUCGAGCUACGCACCCAGGUCUCCAGACCUCUCAUCUUUAUAUAGCUCCGCCGGCCCCACCCACCAACACCUGCAGACCCAUGCCGAAGUCCUUCAAGUACCAGGCCCCAAACCGCUAUCACAGCAAACACUUUUUUCUCCGCAACACCAACACCACCACUUACAAGCGCAGUCGCAACCACACCUCCAACCUCUGCCCACCACCACCACCACCACCACAACCACCACCACCAUCGCAACACAACCCUUCGGCCUUUCUGCGAACACGUAUCAAGACCACCGCGCUUCGCAAUAUUGGCAAAACCCGUCGCAGUAUCUCCCACCACGCUCUCAGCCCGACAACAGCUUCUCGACGAACCACUAUUCGCAGCCGCAGCAAUCCGAGCGCCCGCAUCGCAUCCCCUUCACAAACAACCACGCGACAGGGGUUUGGAACGCGCAACAGCAAGCUUCGCAACGUGAUCUGCAUCACCUGCAGAACCAACACCAGUACAAAUACAACCAGCAGCAACCGCAGCAACCAUUACAACAACAGGCUUAUCCGCAGCUGUUCUCACAUACGCAACCGCAGGAGCAUCAGCAGCAGCAGCGCUUGACGCGAUCGCAGGCGCAACGGCCCCUCCAGCCUCUUCCUUCGCAUACUUCCAAUCCCAACCCGCCACCAGCCCCCGAACAGUCCAAUAUCCAAGCUGCGUCAUCCGUAGCGGCGCAGACCACCAAUACGAUGCCACCCAAGCGGGCCGUCGCGCAAGCUGCGCAGCAACCCCAACCUUCUCCAAUCCAGCCCUCGCUCGUAAAGACCAAGUUCCCAACGGCGCGCAUCAAGCGUAUCAUGCAGGCGGACGAAGAGGUUGGCAAGGUGGCACAGCAGACGCCGAUCGCAGUGGGCAAAGCACUCGAGCUGUUCAUGGUACAACUGGUGACAAAAAGUGCAGACAUAGCGCGUGAGCGUAAUUCGAAACGCGUAUCGGCACAGAUGCUCAAGCAGGUGGUGGAGUCAGAUGACCAGUGGGAUUUCCUACGAGAAAUUACCAGCAAGAUAGAGAACGACGACAAGGAAAAGCCAGCAGCCUCCGCGAGCGGCAGAGGCCGAACAAAGGCAGAGAGUGAGAGCGAGGAAGAAGCCCAGCCAGAAAAGAAAGGUAGAGGAGGAGCCGGGCGAGGAGGAGGGAGGGGAAGGAAGAAGUCUACCGCCUAGAAAGCCAUGAAUCAAAGAAGAGCCAAGUUAUAAUGCUCGAGGUUAGGCCAAAACACGAUUGAACGAAUGGAAUGAUGGCGUUUCGGUAAAUUGGGUCACAAAUGAGUAUAUGUUCUCUCGGCGUUCUCAACAUGGAAACAAGUGGCUGGAAAAAUGUCAACUCCUGCAAAGAACAAGUCGUAACCCGUGGACAAAAGUCCCGUUAUCAGAUUGGCAUGGCAUGGUGUUCGGUUUGGUCGGUCAGUUGAGGCUUCGGUGUUUGGGUGAACUGGACUGGUUGGUUUGAGUGGGUUGGGUAGCCAGCAUGGCGUUGCUGGUGUUGGGCAGGGGAAGAAUAUUCUGCUUUGCGACCAACGUGCGUUGAAUUUACUCUAAUUUAUUUGCUCGGGGGAAUCAUGAAAAUCAAAGCUCAUUCGCAAGGCUUCAUGCAAGCCUUGUCUCCGCCGAAACAGGUUCACGCGUUAACCCAUGACGUUCCCCUAGCAAUGAUAUCGCCUCC